GGAGGCAGUCGCGGGCGCGCUCCUGCGCAGGCUGGCGGCGAGCGGGCGGAGGUCCCGGGCGGGGAGACAUGGUCCACCGGACUGCCGAGUUCCCUGGCGGCGUCCGAGUUCCCAGGUUCCCUCCACACCGAGUCCCUUCUUUUGGGUUCCCUCCACGCGCGUUCCUUCUCUUUUGGUUCCCUGUGCACUCCUGCACCUGUGUUUCCUAGUUCCUCCUUUGAAUAUUUGAGUUUCUUUGCCAGUCCUUCGACACUUCCAUUUUUUCCCUUAAUCUCCCAUCAGAAUACUUUUUUAAAAGAGCAAGCGGUAGAGUAAGAACUUUAGGGACAUCUUUGGGUUCCGACGUUGACUGUCAUCUAAUAGUUAUUUGGGGCUUGUCAAGUACAAGUAGCAACUUCCUCAGCGUUAUCUGGGAGAACCAAUGGCUCAGCGACUUCUCCUGAGGAGGUUCCUGGCCUCCAUCAUCUCCAGGAAGCUCCCUCAGGGUCGGUGGGCACCCCUCACCUCCAAGGCCCUGCAGACCCCAAAGUGCUGUUCUGGUAGCCUGACAGUAACACCCAACCCGACCCGGACAAUAUAUACCACCAGAGUCUGUUCAACAACCUUUAACGUUCAGGAUGGACCUGACUUUCAAGACCGAGUUGUUAACAGUGAGACACCAGUGGUUGUGGAUUUCCAUGCACAGUGGUGUGGCCCCUGCAAGAUCCUGGGGCCACGGUUAGAAAAGAUGGUGGCCAAGCAGCGCGGGAAGGUGGUGAUGGCCAAGGUAGACAUCGAUGACCACACAGACCUCGCCAUCGAGUAUGAGGUGUCAGCUGUGCCUACUGUGCUGGCCAUCAAGAAUGGGGACGUGGUGGACAAGUUCGUCGGCAUCAAAGAUGAGGACCAGCUGGAGGCCUUCCUCAAGAAGCUGAUCGGCUGACGAGCAGGGAAGCGUCCUGCGCGCCCUCGCCGCCUGGACGGCCGUCCUGGGAGGGAGCCUGGCCCGCGCCCCUCCCGCCCCGCCCCUGUGUCUCCCCGCGGCCCUGCUUUGGAGACCAGCCUCCAGCCGUGGAGCCACCAGUGCUUCCCACCCGGCCCACCGCCAGGGUGGCCAUCAGGAGCGGGGCUGCCGCCCUCUGGGGACGUCGCCUUCCCACCCAGCCCCUCCUCUCUGCCCCCUCCAGGGCCGGCUGCUGCUCUCCCGAGAUGCUAGACACCCCGGGGCCAGCCUGCAGAGGACUGUCCAGGCAGCAGCAGCUGGGUCCCUGUCACCUGGGUCCCUUCUGACUGUACCCCAUCCUGUCUCAUCUCGCCUGCAUUUUUCUUUCUGCUGCUGUUUUGUAAAAGAAAAAAGUGAAAACAAGAAGCCAAACAAGUGAGAGUAAUAUAUAAUUCUCUCAUUUUUUGUAGGUCUGUAAUAAAGAACUUUAUGUGGUC